AUGACUGACCUCUCUGGUUUUUCAGAUGCCCAUUUUCUGCUCUUGGCCGUCCAGCUCUGCACAGAUGGGGAUAUCUCGCAACUUCCCGAUCUACUGCAGCGUUGCCGCAAUCCGCCAUCUUUAGAGCCUGUCCUCCGGAUUAUCCUAACUUUCCUACCAGAAAGUGUCGAACCGAGUCGCUAUAUUCCGGUUCUUAAUCUUCUUUCUAACACAACUUCCAAUGCCUCAGAAGACCUAGAAAUAGACACCUCUGCUAUUGCAGACUUGUCUGAAACCGAAGCUCGAAAACAAGUUCGGAGACUACGCCUUCUUCCCCUUCAAUAUCCGGGGCAUCCAGAUGAACUUGAAGCAGGACCACUUACUCGAUUUCUUAUCCACCGUGCCUACAGAAUAGAUAAUGAGUUCGGUGUUCAGACAUUCCUCCUCGACCUCCUCAGCCCAUUCUGCGAAACGUCAGAUCUCCUUCGAAGUUGGGUGAUAUCUACAAUACUUCCCUUAGUUCGCUUUAAUUACGAAUAUCACCCCGAUAAAGACGGAAUAAUCUCCCUAGAGCUUCUUGAGUCGUUGGAUUGCAAAAGUGCAGUUAACACACUUCUUUCCAGCGCGGAAAGUUAUGAGAAUGGGGGAAAGGUUGACCAGGAUCUGCGAGGCCUCGUUGGACCGUGGAUUUAUGGCCAUAAUCAGGCGAAGAGACGCAAGCUUCACAAAGAUGACCAAGCAUCAUCGGAGACUGGACAGGAGGAAGGCCAUAGCUACCAGAAAGAUUGGCAAGAAGUCAACGAAUGGCUGCUCUCUACAAGCUUACGGGACUUUGAUUUAGCUGCUGAAACAGUAGUUCGAUGGGCUGGCCCCGAAGAUAUCUGCUUAGGGCCCUACAAGGAUGCAAGCGUGGCUAUACCGGAAAAAUUGAAGCACGAAUUAGCUUCAAACUAUGGACAAGCUGCUUUUGCGGCUAUCUAUUCCCUGUCAGAGUGCAAAACGAAAGCCUUCGAGGGAGUGUGCCGCAUAUUGACUAGAAUUUCUUCUCUCCUUGAGAUUGACGGAUAUUCAACAUUACAAAUCCAUCGCGACGAACUUCUUCCCAUUCUACCCCAUUCGAUACCUGACAAUAUUCGCCGCCAGAAUUUUUCCCAUACUUCAUUGCUUCAGUCUACUAAUCCUGUCACAUACCCAACCCCCAAGUCAAUGUCGUUUUUGGAUUCUAUCCUAGCGUCCAUCCGAACUUUAAACAGCUUUUCUUACUCAAUUUCUCCGAGACAAGCUGCAGAAUUGUGUCUUUUUGUGGAUGAAGAGAGCCAACUGUCAGAGCUACGUGAAGUCAUUGAAGCUCUGAAACGAGACUCGAAACCGACUCAAGAUUGGCGUUCAGUCCGAGAGCAGUUGCUUUGGCUCAGAAAUUGGGGCAGUGAGCAGGGCCCUGCAACCGAUGGUGAUAGCACCGAAUCAGCUUCCGGCUUAUUUUCUCGAAUACCCCUUUCCCGUUUUGAGGAGGAAAUUUUAAGUUCUCUGCUAAUGGCAAAACAAUACUCUCUCGCUCUCUCUAUCUACACAUCUGCAUCCUCUCCAUUAUCUUCGAAAGAAGUUGAAUCAACCGUAACAAACGCAGUUUUCAUGUCUUACGACAGUGCCUCGAAUGGAAACAAAACAAGAGGCGGGAUGAAACGGGCGAUAGAAAUACUUGAUUCAUUUACACCUCAUUUUCCAGAAUCUGUGCCAUUUCAGCAGAUCAGAUCUUUACUCUCCGCUACUCACGCAAUAUCCUUCUACUCCCUCACUCUUCAGCAAGGCGUUCCGUUUCAACCAGUUGGCAUUCGCUUGCACCAGGAUCCAAUCUCCUUAAUUGAGAAGAUCUUAGAACAAAAUUCCAGGGCGUACACGGAACUGGACAACCUUCUCAAGAUUGGCCAUCAGCUUAUUGCAGCCGGAUUGCCCAACGGCAUCCAGGAGAAUGACCUUCCUGACACGGACCUGUCGACACUCUCCCUAGAACAAACCCAACUUAUCUCAUCACGUCGAAUCAUUUCACUAUCCGUUUCUUCCGCCCUCAAUGCCAAUGACUUCGAAACCGCAUAUUCAUACAUCACCACACGAUUAGCCCAUGAUGCCAACCUAUUCAGCUCCACCAAUAAGACACCCACCGUCGAAGACAACACCUCCUGGCGAGCCGCAUACACCGCCGGCCGCCACCGCUCCACCGCCGCAACCCACGAACCCCCAUCCAUCCAAUCCCGCAUCUCCCGCCUCUCGCAACAAAUGGAACUCCUCUCCCUCGCCCUCCUCCUCUCACCCUCCCCCGAACCCCUCCCGGAGAUCCUCGCCGUAUGGCGCCGCAGCGACGAAGAAAUGAACACGCUGCAGGCCCAAGAACAAGAAGAAGCCGACUCGUGGGACACGCACGGCGACGACCUCCACAAAGGAAUGACCUCUCCCUCGACCGCCGUCCCCGGCGGCUUCGGCCCGUCCGACGCCGAACUCGACGCCCUCGACACCCAGCGCGCGCGCGCCAAACGCCUGCGCCGCCCCGCCGCCCGCAGAGACUACGACGAAGCGCCCAUGGGCCUGUUCGACGUGGCGCGCGGCGCCGCCCGCGCUAUCAGCAAGAACGCCUUCCCGCUCUCGCGCGCGCCACCGGCGUCGACGUCGACGUCGACGUCCGCACGGCGCAGCAUGGAUGCUCCCGCGGCGGCUGCUGACAACAACGGCGAUGGUGCGCCUGGGGACGCCGCGGAGGAGGCGGGGCGGGCGGUGAGGAAGCGCGAUAUGGUGAGUAGUAUGGUAACGGGGGGUCUGGCGAGCGGGCUUGGAUGGGUGUUGGGGGCUCAGCCGGUGAAUCAGAAUACUAGUAGUGGUGGUGGUGGUGGUAAUACGAAGUGA